GGAAGUCCAAUCCGAGCCCGGCGCCCGCUUCGCGUGGGCGUGGCCAUAGCUGCCUCCACGCCCCCCCCGGACCCCGAGGACCGUGCGGCUGGUCAGAAAACUGCAACUCGGACCAGACGCGUCUGCAGGCAAGAUGUGGCUCGCGCUGGUCCUGCUGCUGCUGCUGCUGCUGCUGCUCCUCGCGGGCAUCCGCCGCGCCUACCUGGGGCAGUUCGCCGGGCGUUCCCCGAACCCUUUCUCGCAGGACGUCAGGCGGCCGCCCGCGCCCCUGGUGACCGACCGGGAGGCCAGGAAGAGGAUCCUCAAGCAAGUUUUCUCGACGAGUCAUGUGCCAGAGAACCUGGAUGUGGUGGUGAUUGGCAGUGGAAUCGGGGGCCUGGCUGCAGCUGCGAUUCUGGCUAAAGCUGGCAAGCGGGUCCUGGUCCUGGAGCAGCAUACCAAGGCAGGGGGCUGCUGUCAUACCUUUGGAAAAAAAGGCCUUGAGUUUGACACAGGGAUCCAUUACAUUGGAAGCGUGCAGGAGGGCUCCAUUGGCCGCUUUAUCUUGGACCAGAUUACUGAAGGGCAGCUGGAUUGGGCUUCCCUGUCCUCGCCUUUUGACAUAGUGGUUCUAGAUAGGCCCAGUGGCCGAAAGGAGUUCCCCCUGUACAGCGGGAAGAAAGCAUACAUUCAAGGCCUCAAGGAGAAGUUUCCCCAGGAAAAAGAUGCCAUCGACAAGUACAUGAAGCUGGUGAAGGUGGUAGCCGAUGGAGUUGUUCAUGCCAUCUUGCUGAAAUUUCUCCCGUUGCGCAUGGCUCAGCUUCUCAGCAAGUGCAGGCUGCUGACUCGGUUCUUUCCGUUCCUGCAUGCGUCCACCCGGAGCCUGACUGAGGUCCUGCAGCAGCUGGGGGCCUCUUCUGAGCUCCAGGCCGUGCUCAGCUACAUCUUCCCCACCUACGGUGUGACCCCCAGCCACACCACCUUUUCCAUGCACGCUCUGCUGGUCGACCACUACCUGCAAGGAGCCUUUUAUCCCCGAGGGGGUUCCAGUGAGAUCGCCUUUCAUACCAUCCCUGUGAUUCAGCAAGCUGGGGGCGCUGUCCUCACAAAGGCCACUGUGCAGACCGUGUUGUUGGACUCAGCUGGGAAAGCCUGCGGUGUCAGUGUGAAGAAGGGACAAGAGCUGGUGAACAUCUACUGCCCCACUGUGGUCUCCAGCGCGGGCCUGUUCAACACCUACGAGCACCUGCUGCCAGAGAGUGCCCGCUGUCUUCCAGGUGUGAAGCAGCAGCUGCAGAUGGUGCGGCCGGGCCUGGCCACGUUCUCUGUCUUCAUCGGCCUGAGAGGAACCAAGCAGGACUUGGGUCUGCAGUCCACCAACUACUACGUUUAUUUUGACACCGACAUGGAUGACGCGAUGCAGCGCUACCUCUCCGCGCCCAGGGAGAAGGCCGUGCAGCUCAUCCCCCUGUUCUUCAUCACUUCCCCUUCAAGCAAGGACCCCACCUGGCCGGCCCGCUUCCCAGACAGGUCCACUAUGAUCGUGCUGUUACCCACUGCCUACGAGUGGUUCGAGGAGUGGCAGGAGGAGCCGCAGGGGAAGCGCGGCCGGGACUACGAGGCCUUCAAAAGCUCCUUCGUGGAAGCUGCUGUGUCUGCGGCCCUGCAGCUGUUCCCACAGCUGGAGGGGAAGGUGGAGAGCGCCACGGGAGGGUCCCCGCUGACCAAUCAGUUCUUCCUGGCUGCCCCCCGAGGGGCCACCUACGGGGCUGACCAUGAUCUGGGCCGCCUGCAUCCUCACGUGGUGGCCUCCCUCAGGGCCCAGAGCCCCAUCCCCAACCUCUACCUGACAGGCCAGGACAUCUUCACCUGCGGGCUGAUGGGGGCCCUGCAGGGCGCCCUGCUGUGCAGCAGUGCCAUCCUGAAGCGGAACUUGUACUUGGACCUCAAGGACCUCCGCUCGAGGGUGCGGGCCCAGAAGAGGAAGUAGCUCCUCGGGGCACCCUGACUCACCCGUCGUGCCUCUACUGCAUUUAUUUCUGGCACAUAGAAAGCACUGAUUGUUCUGAUUUCUGGACGAGGUCUCCAGUGGGAGCUCUUCCUGGGGGCAGGUGGUGGUCUUCCUUACCUUGAAAAUGCCUUUCCUCCUAACUGGUCCUGCUGCCCCUGUGGGCAGCCUUGAGGCUACAUCUCCAGGGUGUGUAUUCCCACUCCUGUGUUUUGAUUCAACCCAGUGAGAUGUCCUGGGGAUGGGACUCAGGUCUGAACACAUAUUUCCUGUGGUGCUGGUGAUGGAACUCAGGGCCGGGUACGCGCUCUGCCCCCGAGCUACACCCCAGGCCACAAAAUGCAUUCCUGUUUCACAUAUGCCUUAUAUACAGACCAUGAGUAUUUUAUAAACAAAAUUUUUGCACUUCGACUUGUCACGUGAGGUCACAGUGGCACUCAGAGAGCUUUGUAAAAUUCAAGAGUUCUUGAUUUCAGUCAGGAAUGCUCAGCCAGCAUGAAGGACAGACAGGGAGAUGAUUAAUGGUCAAAGGUUAAGAAAAAUAACCUUUUCACUUACUACCUGAAGUACCAAGGGCCUUGUUUUAGUACAUUUUGAUACAGAAUUAAUAAAUUCAAUGAUUUCAUUGCUUUGA